GCGCGCGUAAACAAAUUUCGUGAGCCGGCGUAAAAUGCCUCAAGAGUUGCGUGUUGUUCGCUGUUUUCAGUGCUUAAAAUAUCAGGUAGACAUCGUUAAAAAGGCCAACAAAUGGGUGUGCAAGAUGUGUGGCGUCAAACAAUCGCUAGCCAGAGUGUUCUUUCGCGGAACGGGCAAAGACUGUCGAAGCAUGGUGCAGCAAUUAUCGAUGCGGAAUCUAGCGAUGGAUCAGCAGGAAGAGGAAGUGGUUCAGCUGAUGCUGGAAAAUAAAAUACAACUUCCUAGACCACCUGUGGAUGCACCAACCUCGCCAGAUGCCACAAAAGAAAGGACCGAACCAAUACAAGGUCCAAGCAAAUGGGAAUCAUUCCUGACAAAAGAAGCAGCAAACGAUGACCAGGAUGAUGGUUUGAGUUUGGCUUCGGAAUCGUUUGAAUCCGUGUCCAGUACAACGUUUGAUCGAGAGCGAAUUAAUUGUGCUGAGAAUAGCCUUAGAGCAUCGGCUGCAAGUGGUUGGAACAAAAACCGUAUCCACAGACCAGAGUUGCAUGAAGACAAUGUAAAAUUGCCCUGGGACAGCGAAAAAAAAUCUUCAUCAAUAAGUAACUGGAACGCUGGAUCUAAAAACUGGAUGUACAACCCCAUUGGUCAAGCAGGAAAAGCAAAGCAGACUACAAUCUCCUUCCAGGGGACAGAAAAGCGAUGGAACUGUUCCGACAGAGAUCACUCUAUGGAACUUCCUAGCUUUCAUCGCAAAGAAAAUAGUAGCAAACGAGUCUUUCCAAACACCACCAGCAAGUUCAUCUCUAAAACAUGUGUGGAUCAAAGCUCUUCCAGAUCGGUGGCUUCCAUUUCUCCAGGAAUUGUCAAUCCACCAGCGAUGCAUAACAAGAGAAAACAUACAGAAUUUCAUGCAAAUACUCCGCUGAUGAACUUUGGAAAACGAACUACGACUGAGAGUGCAUCUGCACCAUCUAAUUCAAAUGUGUCAUCGGAAAAUGUCUGCGGUAAGAGACCACAAACAGAUACCAAAACAACUGAUGUAUCCUCCUCCAAGUGGGCAAAAUAUCUACAGGAAGAUGAUGAAUCGGACGAAAAUACAGAUAACAAUUUCCUUUUGUUCUGAACAACAAAUCGA